AUGUCCGGAUCGAGUUUCACUCCUAGUCAAGGUAAUUCACCGAAUUCGUUAAUGAACGAUUUGGCCAAAUUGCUCAAUGUGAAUAUUGAUGAAACUACUCUACAAUUGUGUAUCAAGUUGCUAGAUCAAGGUGUCGACCCAUUACAAUUAGCUGAUUCCAUUAACAAAGUUAACAACGAAACUAGUCUGGUAUUGAACUGA